AUGUCUACAUCAUUCAAUAAUACAGACAGAUUAAAUAAUAAUCUUAAUCAACUUAGAACUCUAUUGAAUGAUCAGCGCUCUGACAAUUCAAUAAAUACCAGAAAUACAUUAAUUCCUCUUGGCCCAGUUAUAAAUAAUAGUAUACCAGCACGUAUCGAUACGUUACUUCAACUUGAUGAUUCCUCUUGGAGGAACCUAUAUUAUAUUCCAUUAAAGAUCAUAAAUAUCAUGAUUCUUAUAAUUGGUUUAUUUAAAGCAGGGAACAAGAGUAAUGAAAUGAACGCUUAUAAUUUCAUAUCAAUAUGCUUACUCGUCAUAAAUGCUAUCGAUCUUCUCUUAUUAUUGGAAUUAAUUAUACGAAAUAACAUGUCGCUGAAUGAUAUUUUAUCGGAUCUGAGUACAUCACCUUUCAAAUCCAUCGUUUAUCUGCGGACCUUUCUCGUUAUUGUUUCAUUUCCAUUAACCUCGAUCGGUACUUAUUGUAUGUUCACAUCGGUUGCGUCGGCAAAUAACGAGAUUGAAUAUGUUCGAGUUAGUCUUGGUGUAGUGUGUGUAACUCAAUGGUUUAUGUGGUUCUGUCCAUUGCCGAAACUUUCUUUGCCAGGAUCUAACACCACAGCGGUCGAAAUUACCAUUUUUCUUCGCACAAUUAUCGAUUUGAUCUAUAUUAGCACUGUGUUGCCUGCCAGCUUUCAGGUUCAUGAUUUACAAUGUACAUAUAAAAGUAUAGAAGAUCUUUAUUUGCAUGCACCACUCAAUUCAUUUGCUCGGAUUGGAUUGAUUUUAAUUAUCGUCCUCUGUGGUGGUGGUUUAAUAUUCUGUUUACCUUCUCGCAUCAGAGCCCCACUCAUGAUGAUGUUUCAGCAAUGGCUCAAUGCUACACCUCUUCAAAUGGGUAUUCAUCUCGGAGCAUCCAAAGAAAGUAUUAAUGCUUUACCAAUAAUCUAUUUCGGUCGAACACUCGAUCCAUUCAACCAAAAGAAAUGCUGCAUUUGUCACAUGGAAUUUGAAUCAAACGAAAAGCUGAAAAGAUUGCCUUGUGGUCAUUUCUUUCAUGAAGAAUGUACUUCACAGUGGCUUGUCAUCAGAUCCACUUGUCCUGUCUGUCGUAAAAAUAUCAUGUGA